AUGUUGUCUCUACAAUCCAAUGGAAGAAACUUGCUCACUCCGGAGAACUUUAUGAAAAUCGUGAAACGGUGUAUCCCGGAAGAAGUGAGAAGUGAACCUCUUAAAACAUUUUUAAUCUUUCAUGAUUUUCAGCUGAUUCCUUCUAACUGGAUUUGUGAUCAGCCUGACAUUUUGUCAAAUGCUGAGGAGCUCCUUCGUGCUGCUAGAGGGAAGUUAGGAAUGUUCGAAUCAGAUGUGGAAUUGUUCAAGACGAUUAGCGAUUUCUUGGGGGUCGCCGGAUGCGCAGACCUUUUGCAAUUCGAUGUCAACCACUUGUACAAAACAGCGCCAAUCAUGCAUCUGAGUCUAAAAGGAGUUCCAUUCCUUUACAAGGUCGACGUCUAUUCCUAUGCCUUGCUUUUCGUCCCAUGCCCAUUUGAGAACUGGCAGAGCGAUGUUGUCCAAUUUGCGUUGAAAAACUAUUGGAGAUUCAUGGAAAAUCAAUUGAGAUCCCAUCUGAAUUCUCACUGCGAGAUGGUCCAAUUGCAUGUUGAAGAUUUCUCGCGCUUUGUUGAGAAAUUGAAUGGAUACGCCAACGAUUUUUCUAUGAAAGCCUGCGGAAUGUUCGAGGAUCUACCAAUCUACCUUGAAAGCUACAAGUUAGAAGACUAUCAAGUCUACUGGACCACAAUGCUCGAACUAGAUGUAGCCGGAUCAGAAGAAGUUUACAAAGUAAUCAGCAGCUACUCAGACAAGUAUCCUUUCGAAGAAAACAAGCAUGAUUACACAGUGAUGUUGACUUGGAUCGGCGUGGUUGCCAAACUUUUUGGGAAACUCAUAACGGAGAACUCGAUGAACUUGCUACCAUUCCACCAGAAUGUUCAAGAAAAACCAACCGUCAGAUUGUUCACCAAUGGAAAGGAUAACUUUGUGAUUGCUGAUGAGCUUCUGAUGUCGUUGAAGAGCAAGAAUAUGGACGUCUCCAAGUUCGAGGAAGAUGUGCAAUCAAUGCCAAGGCUGUCCACUUUCGAUUUCAGAGAUGUUGCUAGAAAAGUGUCUCUGGAGGAUAUGAAGAACAUCGAGUUCAUCCGAGUCAAACUUCCUUCUUCUAAACUCGUCGCCGUUCCUAUUCCUUCUCCAGAUGGUGGCUACUGCGUCCUUGCCAGUGAUGCUCUUCUUGAAAUUAUUAAUGAUAUAAUUGUGGCGAAACGAGUGUUCCAAACAGUAAAACAUGAUCAGUUAGACCACAUCGCUGAAUUCUUCGAUUCCGGCGAGACCUUCUUCCGUUCUGAUAGAGGAAUUUACUUCAUCAGCUUGACUGAUUUCGAUUCGAUUAAACAAAAAUGGGAGGAUACUUAUGCAUCAAUGAUAAAAGAUGAGUCAAUUGAAGCCAAAAGUUUCCGGAGAGUGAGAAAUGGAGGAUUCUCAUUGGAAGACUUCAAAAAUCAAUUGAAGCAACUCAAUCUAAGCCGAUACUUCCCGGUCGACGAAGGAGGAAGAAUAUUGUACAAUUGGAAGAUUGCUCAGAAGUCACGUGAGGCAUUGACAAUGGCGGAUAUGCAUUUUUUGGUCUUCCAGAUGCAAUUGACAUAUUUUUACUUUACAUUCAACAAGAUUGGAAAAUUUUUGCAUGGCCAAAAAGUGUGUACCGAUUGGGCUCCAUUUAUGACGUGUGAAUGGUGCACGAAUCAAUUGAUCACUGAUACAGCCCAUUUGAACUUUGUCUGCGAGCCUGUUGCAUCUAGAUUGUCUGACGAUUCGGAGGAAGCCGUUGAAGCAGCGUUGCCAGAAGCAGAAGACCAAGUUUUGGAUAAUGUAACCUCUACAAAACAGAAAAAGAAGCGAUCCAAAAAGACGAAGAAAACAGAGAAGGCAGAAUCAUCGGAAGAAUCUUCAGAGUCUUCAUCAAAUCCUCCUCUAACGUCAGAUACAGAAUCAGCCGAGGCUUCAACUAAACCCAGUUCUGCAUCCGACCAGCAGGAAACCGGAAAUCCAAGAACCAAAGAAUCGGAAACGUGCCAAAAAUGCUUCCGUGCUAGCCAAUUCACCAGAACUGCCAAUGAGAAGCUAAGACUAGCAAAAAUCGAGUGCAAGCAUCUGAAAAAGGAGUUGGCCAAAGCAGAGUUGGACGUCGAAGUUAUCAAACAGAAGGAGAUGGAUAAGGAUGAAAGAAUCAAAAUGUUGGAGAAUCUUCUGAAACUAAAGGACAUGGAACUUCUUGAAAAGCAGGAUACCAUCUUGCAAAUGGAGGUGGAAAUGGAUCGGAUUGUUCAUGAGAAGUCUACUGAAAUAAAGGAGCUCAAAGAUUCACUUUUGGAGAAAGACGACAUGAUCAAGACUCUAAAAGCAGAGAGACAUCCUGAAUUGAGAUUCCUGGCUCCAACCAGAAGUGAUGAGCACACUGAGAAAGUUAGGAAUAUUCUCUUCAAACUUCUCGAGGUUAAGGACACUCUUCUACGCGGAAAUCCAGUUGGCAGAUGCAGAGAGCUUGGACAGCGACUCAUAAUGAAAUGCAAGAGCAGAGCUAUUGAGAAUGCAACACGAAUUGAGAUGAUCAGAUUUUGCAACGAAGUCAAAAUCUACAAGGAGGCGGUGGAUAACCAACUCGUGGUGAUUCGUGGAAACCAACAAGUCAAGCCAGAAGAAAUCCCAGAGCUCCCAGAGUUUCCCGUUCUCUCCCAGGAAUUCCUCGAAAACUACAAGGAUGUCGUGAAGUCAGAAGUUCCAAAAAUCUGCCACUCCUUGCUGAAGGCUCCAGAAGUGAAACCUGGAGAACUUGCUGAUAACGAUUGUCUGGUCUGCAUCGAAGAAAUGGAUUGCGAGGAAGAGACUAUCAAGUGUGAAUGUUGCAAGAGAAGAUAUCAUACCAAAUGUGCUCAACAAUGGUUCAAAACGAAAAGAACGUGCCCAGCAUGCGGUUCAGGAUUGUCUCAUGCUUCCGAUUUUCCGGUUUUGGGACGAAGAUAA